GGCGCUGGAUCAGCGACAGCUUUACGGUAGGGCCCCGCACGGAGAGGAUGCGCGUAAGCGGCGGUCGCUCCUUGUCGUCGAGGCGCAGAAUGCGUUGGGUUCCAGCAUGAUUAGAAGACGCCCGUAGCGGAUUUUCUCGGCGUUUUUGUUCGGGAAAACCUCCCGUGAGAGCAGCGCUGCGCGCACCGAGGCGAGAUGCGGCCACGCGCGCGUGGAUACGUUGUCCGGACACCGCGAGAGGAGAACGGGAGCAUGUAACCGGGAGGCACGCACCGGCGGCGGCGGCACCAGCUGACGCUCCUCUCCCUCUCGCUCGGUUUCUGAGUAUUUAAGGAUUCUGGAUGUUUUGACGGAGCCGUUGUCUUUGUGUUGGACGUUGUCUCGAGCAAAAUGAGCGAGGAAGUGUCAGAGGUCUCCAAAGAGCUUCUAGAGAGCGUGAGGGACGCGGUGGGGAGGAAGGUGAAGCUGUCGCUGAGGAGGAGAGUCAAGCUGGAGAUCAAAGGAGACAAGACGGAGAACAGAGUCCUGGCUCUCGCGUCACACAGAGCCUACUUACUGACGGCACGAAUUCCCACCAAGGUGGAACACUCCUUUAAUUAUUUGGAGAUCCAGGGGAUUUCCUGUAACAAACCUACACAGCUGUUGAUGGAGUACGAGCGAGGCUCCUUCUCCGUGAAGCUGCUCUCCACCGAGGAGGUUAAUGAGGUCGUCGCUCACAUAGGAAGCUGUCUGCUGAGGAUAUGUCCUGGUCUGCCUCCUGGUAAGGUGAUGAAGAAGCUGAGCAUGGAGCCUCCGGACAGGCUGACCUCCCUGCAGACUCUGUGGGAGAACAGCACGCCCUCUGAACCGGGCCCAUGCGGAGGCUUUUCUCAGCUCUACAGAUGUGUUUGCGACUGGCUGGGGCUGCCUUACAGAGAGGAAGUACAGUGGGAUGUGGACACCAUCUAUCUGACGCAAGACAGCAGGGAGCUCAACCUGCAGGACUUCAGCCAUCUGGAGAACAGGGAUCUGGUGGCCAUCAUAGCGGUCCUUGAGUUCAACCAGUGGUUUACCAAGCUCUCCACCAAGGACUACAAACUGCCAGCAGAUGUGUGUGAGCAGAUCUUUCGUGUGGUGGCUCGGUCCAGUCGGCUGGAGGAGCUGGUUCUGGACAACGCGGGACUCAAAACUGACUUUGCCCAGAAGCUCUCGACUGCCCUGGCCCACAACCCCAGCUCAGGACUCACCACCAUUAAUCUUGCCAACAACCCCCUGGAGGACAGAGGUAUCUCCUCACUGGGUGCUCAGUUUGCCAAACUUAACAUGGGACUCAAGCAUUUAAACUUCUCCAAAACCUCAUUAUCACCUAAAGGGGUGAACAGCCUUUGCCAGUCACUGAGUGCCAACACGUCCAUCCCCAGCAGCCUCGUCCAUCUGGACCUCUCAGGGAAUAUCCUCCGAGGAGAUGACAUGCAGCAUUUCUACCACUUCCUCAGUCAACCAAACAGCCUGGCGACCCUUGACCUCUCCAACACUGACUGCUCAUUGGACCAGGUUUGCUCUGCUCUGCUGCGAGGGUCAGCGCAGCAUCUCGCUGUGCUCAAUGUGUCAAAGAGCAUCUUUCCUCACAGGAAAGGCAAAGACGUGACGCCGUCGUUCAAGCACUUCUUCAGUAGUGCCAUGUCGCUCAGCUCCAUCAACGUGUCGGGAACCAAGCUGCCGCCGGAGGCCCUCAAAGCGCUCCUGCUUGGCCUGGCCAGUAACCCCAGUGUGAAGGACGUGUCUCUGGACCUCAGCUGCUGUGAGCUCGGCCACUGUCUGCGCUCUGGAGGUUCUCAGAUCCUGGAGGGCUGCAUUGCUGAGAUCCCCAACAUCUCCAGCCUGGACAUCUCUGACAACGGCCUGGACUCAGACCUGUCCACUCUGCUGGUCUGGUUGGCCAAGAACCGCUCCAUCCGACACCUGUCUCUGGGCAAGAACUUCACCAACAUCAAGUCUAAGAACCUUGCCCCAGUGUUGGACAGUCUGGUUCACAUGAUUCAGGAAGAAGAGUCGCCCCUCACGUCACUGUCUCUAGCAGACUCCCGGCUAAAAGGGGACCUGAGCAUCGUUCUGAACGCCCUCGGCAGUAACUCCUCGCUCACCAGACUGGACAUCAGCGGCAACGCGAUGGGGGACAUGGGAGCCAAGAUGCUGGCCAAGGCGCUGCAAAUCAACUCCAAGCUCCGAACUGUGAUCUGGGAUAAGAACAACACCAGUCCUCAGGGCCUUCAGGAUGUAGCAGCCGCUCUGGAGAAGAACUUCACCAUUCGCUUCAUGCCCAUCCCCAUCAUCGACGCCUCCCAGGCUCUGAAGGCCAGCCCAGAGAAGACCGAGGACGCUUUGCUGAAGAUUGAGAACUACCUGUACAGAAACCACGAAACCAGGAAAUACCUGCAGGAGCAGGCGUAUCGGCUUCAGCAGGGCAUCGUGACCACAACUACGCAACAGAUGAUCGACAGGAUUUGCGUGAAGGUGCAGGACCACCUGAACUCUCUGAGGAAUUCGGAGACAGACGCCAUCGUGGAGGACGUCAGAUCAGCAGAGAACCUCAUCAAAGACGCCAGGAACUCCAAAACACUGCUCCCUAACCUCUACCACCUCGGAUCAGCCUCCAGAGAGGAGGUGAACAGCCUGUCAGUGGGACCGAUCCAGGAGAAACUGGAGUCCAUGGCUGGGGAGGUGACGACUGUCAUGGACCAACAGCUGCAGACCCUGUUGGUGUCGAUGGUGGAUGCAGCCGAGUCUCUGUGUCCUCAUGUGAUGAAGAGGAGCAAUCUUCGUACAGAGCUGAUGAAGGCCAGUUCAGACAGGAUGGUUGUACCCAAGAGCUUUGUCACCAAAACCCUCCUGGAGCAGUCUGGGGUGGAUAUUAUCAACAAAAUCAGUGAGGUGAAGCUGAGCCUCGCGUCCUUUCUGUCUGACCGCAUUGUUGAUGAGAUUUUAGAGGCUCUUUCCACUUCACAACACACGCUGGCAGAUCAUCUGGUCUGUCGAGGCCGGCCUUUGGUACAGCAGGAGUCCGUGGACAUGGACGUCCCCGAAGAAAAGAUCCCCAGACGAGCGUCUGCUGAGAUCCUGGAGGCUGAGAGGCUGGAUGACCUGGAGACGUGCAUGACUCUGUGCUGCACCAGUAUGACUCCUAAUUCCAAGAGGAAAAGCAUCCACAGCAGAAUGCUUCGUCCAGUGUCCCGUGCCUUUGAGAUGGAGUUUGACCUAGAUAAGGCCCUGGAGGAUGUGCCUAUCCAUGUGGAGGACACGUCAUCUCUGACUCCACCAACACCGUCUCAGGUCCUGCCCAAACUGGAGCACCGCCCAUCAGGAGCGAUUGUGGAGCUGCCGUCUGAGGAGGAGAAGAAGCUGCAGCACUUCACCAAACUACGGCCGCGUAGAAAUAAGAAGACACACUCCAGCAAAGUCCCUCAAAUCAACAGUACUGCAUCUCAGGAUGGGGAACAGAACGGCCUCAUGGGAAGAGUGGAUGAGGGGGUAGAUGAGUUCUUCUCCAAAAAAGUCACCAAAAUGGAUUCCAAACGUUCCCUGAAGAGUUCAGAAUCUCAUGACGGAGAGAAGAAGAAAAAAGGCGGGUUCCUCAACCUUAUCAAGCGAUCCUCCAAAUCCGACAAAUCCGACAAACACCAGGCGACCGCUCCAUCCGCCGGAGCAUCGUUGGCGCCUGGAGGCCCAGCACCGGCUUCCUCCAUCCCAGAGGAGCCGUCUUCACCGAAGGUGGCAGUGAAGAGCCCUCCACUGGAGCCGAAAUCCAGAGAUGCCUCCAGUCGCUCACAGCCCACUGACUACAGCAGCAGCUCGGACCGGUCAGAGGAGCUGCGCACGCCCGACUCCAUGGACGAGCCCUGGGAGGCUUCUGACGGCAGAGGGAGUCCUCAGGGGGGGCGGCGGUACCCAGGGGUCCAGAUGAUGGGCAGCGGGCUCCUAGCAGAGAUGAAGGCCAAGCACGAGAGGAGAGCACACAAGUCUUCCAGUCCAGACAGACCUGACAGCGGUGCAGCACCAGCCAAGCCGCAGCCCACGGCUCCAGAAAGCCGGGGUCCCAGUGGUUCCACUAAUAAACCGGACCCUGGUUCCCCAGAGAAGCCUCGCGUGGAGCCCAAGCUCGAAGCAGCCUCUCGCCUCAGAGCUGCGUCCUCCUCCAGCUCUCCCGCUGGACCGCUGAGUCCCAAACCGCCAGUGCCACAGGGCGCGAAGCCGGCCCUGGCUGCCCGCCCCACCAUCCCUCAGAAGCCCAGGACCACCAGCAGCAGCAGGAGCACAGAUGAGAGCUCGGAGGCCCCCGUCAGCGGCGCUGCCGCGACUAAAGCAGCAGUUCUGCCUGCCACCCUGAAGAGGGCGCCGUCCGAGAAGGACAGGGACGGCCAGUCAACGAAAAGCACUCAGGAAGGGAGGCCCAGCCCCCUCCGAGCCAACUCUGAGGAACACGGUCCCUUCAAGACCAAGAACCCCGACAAGGACAAGGCCGCAGGCAAGAAGUCGUCCGACUCUGGGGAGGAGGCAGACAAAGACUUUAUUUUAAUAUGAGCCACGCUGCCUCCGUUUUACAGCAGGGGAAAUGUAAUGCAAAAGGUUGCAUUAAUGCCCUGACUGCAAAAAAAAGAAACAAACUGGUCACGUCACGUCUCCUGGUCAACCAAACAGAAACUGCUGAAUCUCCUAAACGCUUCCUUUCCCUGAGAAAAGCUCUCAGAAUACACUCUUCAGGAUUUGAGUAACUGUUAACCCGACUCACCCAGUGAAUGACAAACCUGAAUUAUGAUUAUAAUGAGAUAAGCCACUAAGAAUCUAAACAUCAAGAACACUUUAUGAAAGUUCACUGUAUUUAUUAAUCUCUUUAUGUUUGUCACAGUAGCUUUUUUCCCAGGGACCAAACACAAUAAACACAAAUACCACUGUACUUGAACUCAAGCAACCAGACUAAGGCCCAACGGCAUUUUGUUCUUCUUCACUAUAUUUAUAUAAAUUUUUAUAAAUGCUAUUUUCAGUAUGCGCAAACUUUUGCGUAGACUUCAGAGUUGACUGAAUACAUUAUGCAAUUUAUCUCUAGGGAAACAGGUGAGCAUUUCAGCACUAACAGAAUUCACAAGUACACAUUUAAUGUAGGUUGAAGGUCAAAGUAAUUACUCAGAGGGACUGUCAAACCCCAAAACACGACUUGACUGAGCACCAGAAGCACUGGAAGGACUGUAGAACACUGUACCUUCAGCAAUCAAUCAAUAAGGCUUCAGCACUGUUAACACUAAACACUGUGGAAGAAACACGAGUCUGACUUUUACAUUUAACUACUAUGUUUUUUGUUCUUCAUUAAAGUCAAGAGUAAAAAAAAAAAAGAAAACGUAAAGUGCCAUCAUCAUGUUUUUGGCUUUGUGGUGUUAUUAACUCUGGAGCUAUGCCAGUGAUGGCCACACGCUUACAGGUUGACCUUUGACCCUCAGUUCUGGUAGCACACUAAGGCGUCCUGUUUAUUCAUUUGAUGUGGUGACAGCGUUUUCCUGUAAUAUGUGUGUGCGUGUACGUGUGCGUGAGACACGUCUUGUAGCUUCUACUGAACCGCUGUAAUCAUGAUGCUUGUGUUGAGCAGCAAGACCGGUCUCAGGAUGAUCGCUCGUUUUUCUGAGUGCACUCUUUAAAAACACCCGUAGCAUGAACGUUAAUGUCGAACUGGGCGGUUUUACAUCUAAUUUAUGGCAGAAAGUGACAAGUCAGCACGAGUACAGUAUACACAUGCUUUACAAACGUCCAGACUCCUUCCUAUUCCUAUUGAUUUGGGCCGCUGUUCUACUCUUAACGUUAGUUUUCUGAACAUUGAAGGCAGAUGGAAACCGGACCUCAGCUCUUUGCACGCAGUCAGUGUGUGAGGAGUUCUACUGUACUGUAUUCAAGUCCAGUUGAAGUCGGGGCCAAAGGUUCUUACAGAUGCACCUUUUCCUGUCUUGUCUGUCAGUGUCUACUUGUGAUAUACAGUGCAUUAGGUUUUGCUUUUUUGUCACUAUCAAGAUAUAAAAUAAACAAAAUGCUCUUAAUGUAAGUAAUGAAUCUGUACGUGAUGUCAAUAACUUUAAGUUCCAUGAUGCUGAAGAAUGCCACACACACACACAGUGCGUAAUAACUGGGACGCUUCAGGCUUUUCUUGCUUUCUGUGUGGGAUUCCAGAAGCAGCUGGUUGUGUUUCCGUCAGGUUUUAUGUUUGAUGACAAUGAUUUCCUGUGACAUCCUAAAAAUACGCGCCCACUUUGUUUUUGUCGGUGCGGAACGUGAAACAAAAACUGCAUGACGUGGCUGUGAGUUCUAUGUAUAGGUGUGAUGGAGACGUGCAGGCGGAUGCACACGACCGCACGGCUUCACUGUGUGAACACAGGCCCAGUACGCGGCUCCGCUGGGGGUUUGUGUGUAACUUAUUUUGAAUAAAUGUCCUGCUCUUUUGUUCUUUUUACUCUCGCUUGUACAUUUUGUUAAUAAAUGUAGAAAUUAACAAUGAGCAUGUAUUAAUUAGUUCUUAUAUGUAAUCACCUUAAUGUUUCUCCCAGCCUGAGGCAGAAAAGACACAAUUUGACUGAUGCAUUGCGUUCAGUAGUUAUUUGUAGGAUCACUGUGUUUAAGUUCUUCUACUGGUGUUUGACAUUUAUAUUAAAAUGAUUUUACAGACUCUGACAUUC